AUGGUGACAGAGGAGAAAGUACAUGCACUGAAAGACAAGUUGCGGGAGUCGGUCAAGAUUAUCGUGGAGAGUGAUGACUACACCGUGGACGCCGCGGACGAGGCCAUGGAUGCUCUUUCUGCUCUCAAGGAUUUGAAAUGCACCACUUCUCUCUCUCGCAACUUGGACGAUGCAGCUGUUCCUCCACACUUUCGCUGCCCCCUCUCUGGAAAUUUGAUGACAGAUCCUGUUAUCUUGGCCUCUGGACAGAAUUUUGAUCGGGCUUUCAUUCAGAGGUGGCUGAACGAGGUCCGCAGAAUUUGCCCUAAGACUCAGCAAGUCCUCUCUCACUCCAUCCUGACCCCUAAUUGCUUUCUCCAAAACAUGAUUUCACUGUGGUGUAAAGAGCAUGGAGUUGAGCUUCCAAAGCCCGUUUGGGACAUUCACGGUGAAAAAUUAGCCGAAGAUCACAGACUCCAUAUGCGUUCUCUUCUCUACAAGCUAUCACUUUCUGUCUCCGAACAAAAAGAAGCUGCAAAAGAGCUUCGGCAGUUAACAAAGCGAAUUCCGACGUUUCGAACACUCUUUGGUGACUCAGAAGUGAUUCAACUAAUGCUGAGACCCUUAUCACCCGGCACGGCCUCCGUGGACCCCGAGCUCCACGAGGACUUGAUCACAACUCUUCUUAAUCUCUCAAUUCACGAUAACAACAAGAGGGUCUUAGCAGAGGACGAAAAGGUCAUUUCACUUCUUAUCGAAUCGUUGAAAUAUUCAGGAACAGUUGAAACGAGAAGCAAUGCAGCUGCAGCCAUUUUCUCAAUGUCAGCUAUUGAUGCAAACAGGCACAUAAUUGGAAAAUCCGGAGUUAUCAAAUACUUGGUGGAUUUAUUAGAAGAGGGGCAUCCACCAGCAAUGAGAGAUGCUGCUUCAGCACUGUUCAAGCUAUGCUACACGCAUGAAAACAAAGGGAGAACCGUGCGAGAAGGUGCAGUGCAGGUUAUUCUCGGCAAGAUCGUUGACCAUGUUUUAGUUGAUGAGUUGUUGGCACUGCUAGCACUUCUCUCUUCGCAUCACAUGGCUGUUGAAGCAUUGGUGAACCAUGGUGCUGUACCAUUCUUGUUGGAUAUCUUAAGGGAAAAGGAAAACACAUCAGAAGAACGCAUCAAGGAAAACUGUGUUGUUAUUCUGUGCACAAUCUGUUUCAAUGAUAGAGAAAAAAGGAGGGAAAUUGGAGAGGAUGAAAUGGUCAAUGGCACACUGUAUGAGCUUGCACAACGCGGGAAUUCAAGGGCCCAAAGGAAAGCUAGGGCUAUUCUUGAAAGUCUCCACGUGCCUCAAUCCUCUACUAGCUAG